UGUGCAUGUGUGCGUGUGGUGGGUGGAGCUCCAGUUAGAAGUAUAAAUAUGAAGACAGAGGCUGCGCUGAGAUCAGGAUUGGCAUCACAGAAGAAAGAUCAGGACCACAGAGACCACAGAGACUAUCAAGACCUCCAGGACCACAGAGACCUCCAGGACCACAGAGACCUCCAGGACCACAGAGACCUCCAGGACCACCGAGUGCUGACAACUGGCACGAUGGCGAGGAAUCCGGGCUGCCACCGUCCACCUCCGGUGAUGGCUCUGGUCGUUCUUCUCUGUUUUCCUGUGAGAUGUUUGUGUAGAGCGAGCACAUACCCGUCCGUGUCAGAGGACCUGACGCCGUGCUGUGGAGGGAAAGACGUGGAGUUGAAGAGAUUUGACGACUACGAUUAUGACAGAUUCGUCAGUCUGAUGGGAAGAAGAAGUGCUGCUCAAUCCGACGAUCAUAGACUGGACGCAGGGACCAGAACAAGACACAUGGACCACAUCCUGGCUGAUGUGUUGUGGGGGAGGACAAGAAAGACUCUGUUGAGGGGAAACAAAGGUAGGGAAAUAUAUCUUCCUUCUUCCACCUACAUCCUCCUGAUGGUUUCACGUUUAUCUCUAUCAUAUUUCAUACUUUUUUUUCUCUUUUGCUCAGGUUUUUAUGGCGAUGAUCUCAGCGCUCUGACUGGAUCUGACUGACAACAAAACAGACUUUUGUUCUGAAUAUAUUUAAUUAUUUAUUUAGAGUGAAUAAAUAAUUUCUCAGGAAAUACAAAACCCCUACUGUACAUGAGUGAUGUGUGUGUGUGUAAAUGACAGUUCACCUUGUUGACCAAGGUCAAACACUGUACUAAGCCCUCAUAUAAUAAGUCAGACGACCUCUGACCCCGGCCAGUGCAUCUGGACGCUGAGAAAAACAUGCUAAACGUUGAGCGUUUUUUAAGCUUGAGCUGCUUCGG